CCCGUCGUUAUGUCUUACAACAAAGAGCUCGACCCUUAUUCCGCCAAAGCCCAGAACGACAACCUCACUCCUCAGGAGAAGAUCGAUGGCCUCCACUCCAUCGUUAAGAAGGUCAAGACGGGUAUGCUUACCACCCGCUCUGCGGACGGCCUAAUGCACUCGCGUGCCAUGUCUCCUGCCAGCCCGAACGAACCCAAUCAGGUCAACCUUAUCUUCAUCGCAAACCGUGCCUCACACAAGUUCGACGAGAUCGAGAACGACUCUCACGCGAAUGUCUCGUUCUAUGACGACAAGUCAACGCAUUGGGCGUCGUACAGCGGUAUCGCUAAGAUUAGCCAGGAAAAGGAGCUCAUUGCCAGGCACUGGAGCUCAACGACCUCUGCCUGGUUCGGCGACCUUGGCGAUGGCAUUCACAAAGGCGACCAGAACGACCCUCGCGUAGCCGUCAUCGAAGUCAUCCCCGAAGAGGUCCGCUACUGGUUGUCGACGGCCAACGCGGUCACCAAGGCGGCAGAUAUCGUCGCCAGCGCGGCGAUCGGCAAAGUUUCUGCGCCUGGUGAACUGCGUACUAUAACCAAGCAAGAAAUCCAACUCAUUCAGGGCCUGCAUCAUAAGUAGGUCCAUCAAACGAAGGCGGCAAGCAGUGUACUUUUAGUGCAAAGGAAUGCAAUAUACUUGGGAUUAUCCAUGGGAUACUCUGUUU